AUGGUGCCAGUCAAGCAGCCUGCUUCAAAACCAGUAAAACAACCAAAGGCCACACCACAACCACAACAAAGUUAUAUGCCAGAAGCGCCAACAUUUGCAUCUGCUGCAGCAGGAAGCAGUAAGCAAAAACCAGAAACAAAAUCGCCCGCAAGUAUGAAAUGUACAGCGGAACCUACAGUUGCAGCUGCAAAUACUAACCUUAAACCUAAACCAGAAUCAAACAAUGAGGAACUUGGACUUGAUAUUAUGAUUAACUCUGUAGAAACUUCAUCAAAGCCAGCUAAAAAGAAAAAAGGUCCAGUUCUUUCUGCACGGAGCUUUGAAUACACACGGCAACAGUGGACAGGAAAAUCACCAAAACAGUUUCUAAAUGACUGGAUACGCAAAAAUCUACCCAAAAGUGACCUCCCUCACUUUGAAAGAAUCCAUAUAAGUGGGAAUUUCAAAUGUAAAUCCUCUGUUGUCAAGAAAGACGGCACACUGUUAACAGUAACUCCAGAUGUUCUGUGCUUCUCAGUCCGAGAAGCUGAGCAUGUUGGUUCAACUUUACUUUUGUAUCAUCUGUGUAGAGGUCAGCCAAUAUACCAGUUAUUGCCACCACCCUACCGGGACUUGUGGUUAGAAUGGAUGGAAUCUGAAAGGCAGAUCAAGAAGGAAGCACAGGAAAUUAACAACAAACCUCGUGAUCAACUUGUUACAAAACUGCUAAAAGAAUUAAAAUUGGCACCUACACAACCAAAGUCUCACUCAAAUAAUCACUCAAAUGCUGAUAACAAUGAUGAUGAUGUAUGUGAUGAUUGGUUCACUGCCGAUCUUGAUGAUUCAUCUAAACCUUCAGAAACCUUAAAGAAGAAGAAGAAGAAGACAGUGGUAAUAUCAAAGCCAGAAGAAUUGAAGUCACUCCUUCUUGAAAAGUUAAAGACGUCACAAUACAAGAAGUUACUCACUCAAAGAGAAACACUCCCUGUUUACAAAUACAAGGAUGAUAUUUUAGCUCAGAUUGAUCGAAGCAAAGUGGUUGUAAUUGCUGGAGAAACAGGCAGUGGAAAAAGCACUCAAAUUCCACAAUUUCUUCUUGAGGAUCGUUUGAUGUCUGGAGAGGAAUGUAAUAUUAUCUGUACACAACCACGCCGUAUUUCUGCUGUGAGCCUUGCAAACCGAGUAUCACAGGAACUUGGCGAUAAACCCCCAGGUUCUAUAAAUUCUCUGUGUGGUUAUAGGAUUCGUUUUGAAUCAUGCAUCACACACACCACUUGUCUCACAUAUUGUACCACUGGAGUUGUACUCCGACAGUUGCACUCUGACCCUGAAUUAAAAAAUGUAACACACAUCAUUGUUGAUGAAGUCCAUGAGCGAACUGUGCAGUCAGAUUUUCUUUUGAUUAUCCUCAAGCAGUUGCUUGACACUCGAAAUGACCUUAAGGUGAUUCUAAUGAGUGCCACCAUCGAUUGCGAUCGCAUAUCUGAUUAUUUCCACCAUAGCCCAAUUAUCAAGAUUCCAGGAAGGCUAUUUCCUGUCGAGAUUUCCUAUUUGGAGGACCUCAUAGAGACGACUAAUUAUGCCCUAGAAGAAGAUUCCCCAUAUUGUAUCCCAGCUUCCCAGCUGUGUGAGGAACAAAGAACUACUGUUGCAAUUACUGGUGCUGGGGGCACAAAACAAAAAACAAACCUCUCUUGGUCCAAAGAGGACAUUGUUGAUAUGAGUGGACUUGACAAAGAGAGUUACUCUAAGCAUACUAGACUGACAGUGACACGUAUGAAACCCCACAAAGUCAAUAUGGAUCUAAUUCUCCACCUUUUGAAUUCUCUUGCUUCAAGCAGUACAGAGGUUGAAGGUGCAAUCCUCAUAUUCUUACCUGGAUUAGCAGAUAUUCAAGAACUUUAUGAACUUUUACAGAGUGACCGCAAAUUUUCUAAAUCUGGCAAAUAUCAAAUCCUUGCUUUACAUUCAGUUUUAUCUUCAGAGGACCAGAGCACUGCUUUCAAAAUUCCACCCCCUGGAGUUCGUAAGAUUGUUCUUGCAACCAAUAUUGCUGAAACGGGAGUAACUAUUCCAGAUGUUGUGUAUGUAAUUGACAGUGGCAAAGUGAAAGAGAAUCGAUACAUUGAAUCAAGUCGGAUGAACGCACUAGAAGAAGUCUUUGUAAGCAAGGCCAGUGCGAAACAACGUUCCGGUCGUGCAGGCCGUGUUCGUAAUGGGUUCUGUUAUAGACUUUAUACCAAAGAAGCUUAUUCUAAGUUCCGAGAGUUCACUGUUCCUGAAAUCCUUCGUGUUGCUCUUGAAGAACUUUGUUUACACAUCAUGAAAUGUGAACUUGGAAAAACUGAAGAAUUUCUUCAGCAAGCUUUAAACCCUCCACAGUUACCAGCUAUCUCUCGUGCCAUGAACAUCCUGGAAGACAUUGGUGCUUGUGAAGAUAACGUCUUAACACCUCUUGGGCACCAUCUGGCUGCACUACCUGUUCAUGUGUCCAUUGGUAAAAUGCUGAUCUUUGGUGCUUUGUUUGGUUGCUUGGAACCGGCUGCUGUUAUUGCAGCAGCUGUUAGUGGCAAGUCUCCAUUUGUUGUACCUCUUGAGAAACGGUCAGAAGCUAAUAUGGCAAAACAGAAUCUGUCUAUUGCCAACUCUGACCAUUUAACAAUCUACAAUGCAUAUUCUCGUUGGAAGGCUGCACGUAAGGCUGGGCGAGAGGCAGAAAAUACUUUCUGCAUGCAAAACUAUCUGAAAAGGAAAACACUUUUGGAAAUUGAAAAUGUGAAAACAGAUCUUAUCAAACUUGUAAAAUCUAUUGGAUUUCUCAGCACUAAAGAUGAAAAACAACUUAUUGGAACCUCAUCCUGGAAUUCGUCUACUGAUGUCAGCCCAGGGGUUCAUCUGAAUCCCAAGAUCUGUGCUCUCAUAAAGGCUGUUAUUCUUGCUGGAUUGUAUCCAAAUGUGGCCAAAGUCUGCUCCGAAAAAGAUCCAGAUGGCACCAACCGGAUCUGUGGUGCAGAGAUGCCACAGGGCCAUGCCUAUGUUCAUCCCAGUUCUGUGAACCGGACCCUUCAAGCACAGGGUUAUAUGAUAUACCAAGAGAAAACAAAGCAAUCUAAAGUUUACCUGCGAGAUUGCACCCUUGUUUCUCCAUUUCCAUUAUUGCUAUUUGGCCGCAACAUUGUUGUCCAACACAUUCAGCAAACAGUCACUGUAGACAAAUGGAUUAUUUUCAAGUCCAGAGCUCGGACUGCUGUCAUCUUUAAAGAGUUCCGGAACCUUCUCAAUGAACUCUUGCAAGAAAAGCUAGAUGAGCCUCAAACUGAUUUCCAAAAUGACAAAUCUGUAUUAGCUGUUAUUGAUUUGUUACAAGCUGACAUCUGUUGA